CAGCACGUCAGAGGGCUAGGGAACCCUCGGCAAGCAGUGCGCCGCGACGCGCGCCUGGCGGUUAUCAGAGCGUCGCGGCGCUCAGUCUAGCGCGCGUCCCCGCCGGAGGAGGAUGUCAGGCGCGCUCCCUCCCUGCCGACCCCGCGUGUAGCACCAUGAUGCGCCGGAGGAGCACCAUCAGCGCACACGACUACCCCGAGCACCUGAACCCCUUCCGCGAGCAGCGGCGGGACAGCAUCGGCAACAAGUUCCGCUCCUUCGGCCAGAGGGGCAGCAGCUUCCGGAAUGCCUGGAACCUGCUGCUGCCGCGCUCUGGCCGGUCGCAGUCGUUCAGCCGGGGCGAGGACUCGGGGGUGGGGCGCGCGCCGCGGUCCCAGCUGGAGGCCGUGGGUCUGCCCGCCUCGUGGACCAUCUCCCCGCGCAGGCGCUACUCCCCCCCCGGCACUCCGCCCCGCAGCCCCUCGCUGGGCGGCUCCCAGCUGUCAGUGGCCACCCUGGGCUCCGACCUGCCGUCGCCCGACCAAUGGCGAGGGGCGCGACACAAGAAGAGGCGGGCCCCGCCCCCACCCACGCCCCCGACGGGCUCAAGAGCAUCCAGUCGUACCAACUCCCCCGCAGCCACCGACGAGUCCCUGCAGGUCCUGGUGAGCCAGAUACAGCAGGAGUUCGGGGAACACCGGCAGUUCCCCAGGCGACACGACCGCAGCACGACACCCGGUGCUUCUGCCGCAGAUGAGACUGGCCCGCUUGCGGACAAGGCGUUCGUGGUCGAGCCCCGUGUCUGCCCGACACCAACACCGGACAAACCUGGUGAUGGAGCGGAGGAUGGAAAUACUGCGACCAAAGACAGUCGAGGUUCUGGAGAAGUAUUGCUUUGUGGUGCCACAGAUACCAGCGAGGACCCUAAACAAGAUGGUGAAGCACUUGAUGAUCCCUCGAAAAAAGCACCCGACAAAGAAGUCACUGUUCAUGCCAAUGUAUUCGUUCAAACAACGAGCAGGACAAUCUCAAGAGACGGUGAAAAAAUUACAGUGACAGCCAGCGAUGAUAGGAACUCAUCUGACACUGCUGCGAAUGAAAAUGAAACAACUGAAAAGCCUUACGUUGCUACGGAAUCAAACAAAAACCAGAGUAACUCUGGUGUGCUGGAUCAGCGCAUUAUUAACGACCAAAACAGUGAUAAACUGGAAGUGUCCAGUUCGGUAACAGGCGAUGCAGUGAAAGUUUCUCACGGUGAAGUCUCCACGAAUGAGGGUCAAGUCGAAACAGUUUCAGAACAUUAUGAGUGCGGAGUGUUCGUUGUUUCUACUCCAGAUACUGCCAGUGUUUACGAAGACGCUGCAUCAGAUGAAGACAUUGACGAAUCUGACGACAAGCCAGCCUUUCAAGAACCAUGCUCGCUCGAUUCCAAUAAGAAAACAACUGUAGCCAUCGUCGACAAUUGGGAUAAUAGUGUACCUGCUCAUACAGAGAGCGAUGUGCCACAUGAUAAAAUAAUGAUGACGUCGGUUUUAGAUAAAGAGACACAUUUGGAAACAACGUCGAGUAAAAAUCCUUCUAAAACACAUUCCACUGUAACGCCAAGAAAUGUGAUUCCAGAUAUCACUACGACUAGCUGCAAAAAAACUAUAAAUGAAGAUGCUUCAAGUAAAGAAGUUUCUAUUGAAAAAACACCAAAUGAAAGCUUAAAUUCAGUGCAUCUUGGUAAUGACCAAUCCUACAAAGAUCCGCUUAAAAAUGCAGAGGAAAGUUUAGGAGCUACAUCUGACAAUGAAUCGUCAUUAAUGCCUAGAAAGGAUGUUAAAUCACAUACCAAUGGAGAAGUUCUACGAAAACCAGUCACUGCACCUAGGAAUAAGUCAUCGAAUGGUCUGGUAGAAGAGUCUUCCUCAACAGCGAAGGCAGCUCCUUCAGAUAGCUCCUCACGAAUCACGCCGACAGCCCCUCCGAGAAAUAAACCCCUGCCAGUGCCUCGGAUGAAAAGACUGAGGAAGUUAUUUUCCAAUCACUGAUUUUGGUUUGGACCUGAAUAAUUGUGCCAUACAUAGCUGUGCUUAUCCAAUUGCACUAUAUUUAAAAUUGUUUUGACUUUAAUGGAAAACAUGCAUUAACAGCUUGUAAAUAUAUUUAUUGCAAAACACCAUCAUAUGCAUAGCUAGUACAGCCAUUCUCUAGCUUCAAUCAGCACCAUAUUACUUUUCUUCACAGGUGUAUUCUAAUACUUUCCUCAAAAAUGCAAAAUGUAAACUUAUCUACUAUAGUAAUUAAAAAAAUAUUUUAGGCUAGAUAUUUUAAAGAAAAUACAUAUCAAUAUGUAUAGAUAAUUAAGUGAUAAAUUAAACUUAAUUUAUGACUGUAUUGUUUAUUUAAAGGCCUUGGUAAUGUGAACCAGGUUAAUACUAAGCGAAUAAUAUAAGACUUAUAUUAUUUUAAGAAACAGAAGAAGUGAUAAUAUCUUAAUGAAGCAAAUAUGAAACCUUUGUACUUUCAAGCGUAACCAAAAAACUAUGAAUUUAUGUAAAUUUGUAUUUAAAUAUGUUUUGAUUAAAACAUAUGUUUAUUUUGAUUCA